AUGUUCGUGGGCUUAGAGAUGCUUGUCGGCGACUACAUCACACACAAGAAGAAUCUAGAAGGCAAGAUUGGCUACAGAUACGCAGGCACAAAGGCCCUGCACCACCUGGCGCUGACAGUGCUGCCAUUUCCAGCGCUGGAGGAGCCCACGAAAACUGCGUCAGAGUUCCUUGGCAAGGGAAACCUCAGCACAGGUCAGAUUUUUGGCGACCUCUUCGGAGCUGCAGUGUCCUGGGUCUUCAUUGCUAACGUCAUGGGCUUCGUUGGGCGACUGGUAACCGAACGCGAGGAGAAGAGAAAGGAAGGUUUACGGAUGAUUGGCUGCAGUGAUUUCGCGUACUACGGCCACUGGAUCAUUUACGGUUGGACUACGGGCUUUGUGUACGCGACAUUCACCGUGAUCACGUUCUUCGGCAUGCGGAUCUUUACGUCGGGCUUUGUCACCUUUUACCUCAUCUGCCUGGUCUUCUUCUUGAACUUGGCUCUUGUAUCCUUCGUGUACUCCUGCUUCCUGGGAAACGCCUUCAUGGGACAGCUCAUGACGCUGGUAAUUUACACCUUCACCUGCAGCAUUAGCAUCAUUCCGCACAUGCCUGGCGGAGACCUCUUGAUGCUUUUCCCGCAGUCACUUGUCUACAUUUGGCCGGGUACUAUUUUGUGGACGCUCCUCUGGCUUUAUCUGGACCAGGUGAUUUCUCACAAUGGUGGCAAUGCUUUGCGCCCUUGGUUUCCAUGUGAUCCAAGCUACUGGAAAGGCGAUGGGGGCGUCGCCCAAGCGAGCACUGAGAUGAGAAGCCUCGGCCUUGCCGCGGGCUCUGAGCACACAGAGGCGUUGAUUGAAGAGACCCCCAACUUGGAGGAGGCACCCAACCUGGGUGCACGCGGAUCCAUUGACGAAACGAUGUCAAAGAUCGGUCGUAGCUCACUGAUCGAGCCCGCAGAUAGGGGGAUGAUGGCCCAGAUUCUGUCAAAAAGCUGCGUGAAGGUCGAUGAUCUCUGCGUUUACUUCAAGGGGAUCUACUCAGAGGAGAUCCGGGCGGUGGAUGGCGUUAGCCUAGUCAUGUUCCCCGGAGAGAUCUUUGCGCUGCUGGGCCACAACGGAGCAGGCAAAUCCACUACGAUGUCAGCGCUGUGCGGCCUAAUACCUCCAACUUCAGGCAAAAUCUCAGCAUUCGGGCUGGACGUUCCCAAGGACAUGGUGGAGGUGCGGAAAUCCAUGGGCUUCUGCCCUCAGCACGACGUCUUGUUUCCGGAAUUAUCGGUCGUGCAACACAUAACGCUUUUCACGACAUUGGCGGGAAGGUCAUUGAGUAGCGAGGCUUCCGUGUUCCAGCUGGUCGCAGAUGUCGGCCUCGGCUCCCGUGCGAACUACUUGAUUACCUCCCUGUCUGGGGGCAUGAAGCGCAAGUUGUCUGUCGGCCUGGCUUUUGCAGGAGAUCCAAAUUUGGUGGUUCUCGACGAGCCCACCAGUGGCAUGGAUCCUUUCAGCCGGCGCGCGCUCUGGGACUUCUUGAAGCUGCGGCGUCAGGGUCGCGUCAUGCUGCUUACGACGCAUUUCAUGGACGAAGCUGGCGUGCUUGGUGAUCGCGUAGCUAUCAUGAGAGCAGGUGCAGUGCAGGCUUCUGGAACGCAGAAUUUUCUGAAGCGCCGAUUCGGCUGCGGCUACGUCCUGACGAUAGUCAUGCGGGAGCGCGGCGACAACCACGAGCCGGUGAAGCAGCUCCUGAGCUCCAUACUCGGCGACGUGGACACUUCAGGAGUCGGAAAAGAAAUUUUGGCAAACGUGCCCAUGGAGAAGGAGGAACCUCUGUCUUCGUGUUUAGCAGCACUCUCCGAGAAGAAGGCCGAGCUUUCUGUGGCCACCUUCGGCGUGUCAGUCUCGAACCUUGAGGAGGUUUUCCUCAAAGUGGCCAGCGGAGAUCAUGGAAGCGACGAUGCAAAGAAAGAAACUGAGAACUCCUUCCAAGCAGCCAUGGAAGAGCAGCCUCAGGUAUCACAUGGACCAGCAUUCGUCAUGCCAAACCCAGGUGGGACAAUUCCACAACAGAUCAGGGCACUCCUCGAACGUCGUGCUGCAACUGCUCUACGCGACCGAAAGAUGUUCCUGCUGGCCUGCCUUCUGCCAGUUGUGGGCGUGUUCUUCGCAACCUCCUUUGGAGCACUUCUGGUUUCUCUCGGAUCUCCACCACAAGGGCCAGGAGUCCCCAUCAAGAUGGAGCUCGCCAACAUGAAGGUAACUGUGGCCACCACCGAAUCAGAUACUGCGACGAGCGGAGUAGAGCUUCUUCCCGAUCCUGCCGGAAAUGAGCGUACGAUUUCGCUGCAGAAGCAGGCAACGAAGUGCUCGACAUCAUAUAGUCGCGAUCCGUCCAGCUGCACGGUGUCGGGGCUUACCGACAGGUACUCCGGAGUGCCCCCGGAGUACAUUGCGGCUUGCACGCGGUAUCUAGUGGAGUUUGACGAUGUGCUGCAGCUUUGCCAGAAUCAGAUGCAGAAAGCUGAGAAGGAUCCACAGGAUGUAGGGGUCCUGUUCAUCGACGGCUUUCCCGUCGUUGCUGCCAAUCAAUCUUAUGUGGCUCAUGGUUUUCCACUAGCGGUGAUGGAGAUGUUCCACGAGGCUACCGGGCUUCAGCUGAAGAUCAAGGAAGAGAUCACACCUAUGACUGUGCCCGAGCAGAUGCAUUACAAAACGCAGAACCUGAUCCAUCAGACUAUUGCGAGCUUGAUGACCGUGGCCCAAGUACUCCUUGAGGAGAUGGAAUAUCAGACCAACAUCUCGAUGCGAUGGUUUCCUUCUGAGAUCAGCAUCCUGAGCAACUUCGCUUUCUGCUUCGUGCCGAUUGCUGUGCUCGGCUUCGUCCUCAUGGAGAAGACGAAGGACAUCAAGCACCAGCUCAUGAUCUCGGGUUGUUCCGCCCGCGCCUACUGGAUCUCCAUGCUGAUCUGGGACUGCGCCUUCACCGUGUUCCCGAUCUUGGCGCUGUAUGGCUUCCUCUGGUUUUACGGCUUCCAAGCCUUCAUCUACUACUGGCAGACCUCCUUGGCUCUCCUUCUUCUCUUCACUCCGGCGGCAGUUGGACUGGCAUAUGUCCUGUCGCAUAUGACAUCUUCGCCAGCACUGGCGAAUGUUGGCCUCGCACUGUGCAACGGUGUCAUGGUUGUCUUCUUGGUGAUGACCUUCCUUUUCUUUGACAUCUUCACGAAGGCCGUGCCCAUCGAGAGGACUUUCAGCGCUGGACUCAGCUCCGAUGGGGCAUCAUUGGGCGACUUCGCCAAAACGAUGAACGGUGACUGCACGGAUUUGCAAGAGCUCGAACUCAAGCCAUUCUGCAGAAUGGUACAAGUUUCCAACAUUGGAAUUCCCAUCUUAAAGGGCAUGGGCUUCUUCUUGCCGGGCUUUCACCUGUUGGAUGGCCUGCUUCGCAUUGCUGGACGCCACGCAUUUGUGACAUUGCUAUUGCCUAAGUUCUUGGAAAAGAUCGCCGACACGGCAUCACGGAAGUUUAUGGAAGCUACGGCUGGAAGGUUGUUCAGUGGCUGUGGGGAGAGAUGGCAGCCACGGGCAACAGACUCGGAUUGUUUUGCCUACGAUGCUUGGAGGGGUUCGACAAAGUGGAGUUCACCAGACUGCGGCUUGAAGCAGGUGGCAGCGAUGUUUGACGAGUCAGUGGCACGGCAGAUUCUUCGGCCCAUUCUACGGAUGGUGGACGGCAUCAAGCAGGGGUUGCCACCGGAAACAGCCCAGCAGAUUGACGCCAUGGUUCAGAUGUAUGCCGCACACCCGGCCGACCUGGCGAUGGUGUUCGGGGGCCAACAGCUGAUAUCGCUCUUGCCCCCUGAGGAGCAAUUUGCAUGGGCGAAUGCCCUGCAAUGCGCCAGCAAAGACGGAGCACCCAUUGCCGUAGUCGGGCCUCUUCUGGCAACUCAUGCAGAGAUCUUGGGAGACAGGCUGCAGAUGACGCUGAAGGCAAUAGCCAGAUCCCCCGCACUGACUCAGAAUGGGGACAAGUUUCUUCCACCUCUGAAUGGCUGGGGCAAGUGCACUAUCGGCCCUUCCAUCGGCCCCGUAAGCAUCGCCGAUUUGCUCCCGCAUCCGGGCAGCACUUGUCCCAUGUUUGACUAUCUUUGGUCUUUCGCAUGUUUCGGCAAAAAGAGGAAGGAGCGCCAUCAUAGGGCGGAGGCGAAGAACAUCGGAAUAACACUACCGCAGACGUCCCUCGGGCCACUGGAGGUGAAGGCUAGACUCGGCGUGCCUUGUGAUCUGGGAGUUGGAGGUGCAGUCGGACCCUUGGUUGAGAUGAUGGUUACCAUGCCAACUAUGAAUGACACGAUGAUCCGAUUAGCAGCACUGUGCAUCGUCCUGCCAUUGCUUGCGAUCGUGCUGGAGGAUGAUUUAUCGCAGAGCCCUCGCAUCGCCCGGAAGUUCACCAUCAGCAAGCCCGUGCCACCUGAGAUGCUGACGCUGGAGGACCAGGAUGUUCGAGCAGAGAAAGACAGGGUGGCGACGGUGGAUCCGCGCAAGCAGGUCAUGUACGUCAAGGGCCUGCGCAAAGCCUACGGUUCGCUGCUGAGCUCGAAGGUCACUCAUGCCGUGAGGGGUGUCACUUGGGCCGCAGACCAGGGGAUGGUGUUCGGUCUGCUGGGUGUGAACGGUGCCGGGAAGACGACAUCGUUCAAGCUGAUGUCAGGAAUCCUGACCCCAUCAGCUGGAGAGGUGCGUGUGUUGGGUAUUGACAUGGUGGAGGAGACGAGCCGGGCCCGGCGGUUGAUCGGAUACUGCCCACAGUUCGAUGCCCUCAUCCAUGUCAUGACAGUCGAGGCGCACUUGUACCUGUAUGGCCGCAUGAAAGGCCUCACAGGGAAAGACUUAAGAAGUGCUGUAGACGAAAAGGUGGAGGAGAUGCAGCUGUCCCAGUACCGCUUCCGUCGAGCCGGGACGCUGUCGGGUGGCAACAAGAGGAAGUUGUCUGUCGCAAUGGCGCUCAUCGGCGAGCCUCCGGUGAUCUUUCUCGACGAGCCAAGCACAGGUAUGGAUCCGUUUGCGCGACGCUUCAUGUGGUCUGUCAUACAGGACAUGGCAGAGAAGCGAAAGCAAUCGGUCGUGGUGCUCACCACCCACUCCAUGGAGGAAGCUGAGGCAUUGUGCAGCAGCAUCGCCAUCCAGGUUGAUGGACAGUUCCGAUGUCUCGGGUCCGCACAGCACUUGAAGUCCAGGUACGGGUCAGGCUAUGAGGUGAGCGUGAAGUUCAAUGCUGUUCCACGCGAGGCACUCGCACAAUUGGCUGCCAAGUUUCUUCCCGCAGGACGACAGCUGGAUCGAAGUGGUUAUUCGAUGAUCUCGCGAUCGCAGGCCAUGGAGUCCCUGCCUCUGGAGCUUCGAAAUACUGCAGCUCUGCCAUCUGGUCCUCUGCCCGCCAACAUGGAGGAGGUGGCGGCUGAAGUCGUGGCAGAGUGGCAGGUGAUGCAAAAUCGCUUAGAGCAGUUCAAAGGCUUCUUCUCCGCCCCUGCACCGGGUUUGGCAGAGCUUCAACUGGGCAAGGUGAUGGUCCUCGAGUUCCAUGGUAGCUCGCUGCGCCUACGCCUGCCAGCUGCCGGUGAAGAGCAGCUUCCCAAGCUUUUCGCAGCGCUGUCCCAGGCCAAGUCGCAGUUUGGUUUGAACGACUUCGCGGUCUGUCAGUCCUCUCUGGAGCAGGUCUUCAACAGUUUUGCGGCCGAACAAGAGCAGGAGAAGAAGGCUGCUGUGCCACGAGCUGCCGGGCACUAUGGCGAGUUGAUGAUAACGACGAUGUUGGUCCUGGUGCAUUGCCAGCCGGAGAACCAGGGAAAGCUGUACAGCAUUCCGUUGAUGGAUUGGCUCGCUGAUAAGUACAAGGACGAGUUCGACAAUUUCUCGGAGAAAAUGACUAGCACGGCGCUUGCUCGCGGCUUCACAUGGCCAAAGGCCGGCAAAGUCUGGGGCAAGUAUACCGACGAGCACUGGGAAAAGCUAAGCUUCUGGGCGUCGAUGCGCCUUCAAACGCUCUUCCGGACCGUCGCGGGCAUGAUGCACUACCAUCAGGCUCUACAAUGCCAUUUUGAAGCCCAAGGUGAUCGAAGGGGCAAGCUGGGACAAGUGUGGGACCCAAGCGAUGCCUUCACCUGCAUCGUGGCCAUGCAGAUGUACGCCUUCUUCAACCCCAUGCAGCUCAAGCACACCAACAUCAUGUUCCGGAAGUUCCCUCGGUCCAUGAAGGUGGCGUUUAUCGACUACGAAGAUCUGGAGGCGGCGGACUGGCCAGAUGGCAUUCAUGAGAAUCAGAAGCGGCGAUACUACAGUUGCCUCAUCGAUGCCAGCUGCCCUCCAGACGAGACCGGCCGCAGAAAGGCGAAGUACAAGAUCGAACUCCCCGGGUUUCCCAUUCUUGGCGACGGCAAGGGUGACAACCAGAACACCGCGAUUCCUUUCACCCGCGGAACCUACGUUCAGUGCAUUGAUGCCAACCAGGGCGCGUACUUCGAGCAGAUGCUUCUCUUGCCAAACGUCUUGGGUGAGUUUCGUUCAUCGCGCUCAGGUGGCAGAGGCGGAAAGAAGAUCAUCGGAUUCCCAGAGCACAUUACCAGCGACUUCGGCUCAGUUGGAGAUUUCGCAGCUUCAUCAGAGCUGGCCUUUGGCGGGGGACCAGGUGAUCAAUUGUUCUGGGCCUUCAAUUGUUUCUUUAGGAAGUCUCUCGAUCAGAACGUUGUCGGCAGAGUCCAACACCCACAAGAAGAGUCCAAAUGCUUCACUCCUAUAUGCAAUGCCGGCCUUAUGGCUUCGGAUGCCUGCGAGAAACCCUCCGAACUGCAGCUGGGCCUGACGUUUUUUUCUGGCCGGAGCGGGAGGUGGGAAUCAUCGGAGCUGCUCCUACACCGCUUCGAGGCGCUGCGGCAGCUAAAACAUCCGAACCUUUGCUGUUACCUGGAAAUCCUGGUUGGUCACGGCUUGGCCUUCAUCGCUAGUGAGCAUCGCUCGCUGACGCUGGCUUCCGUGUUGAAAGAAGCCAGAGAUGGCCUGCAGGAGAAAGUGGUAAGGAGUGUCACUGCGCAGGUCGUGCAGGGGCUUUGCCACCUCAAUUCGCAUGCCUUGGUCCACGGACAGCUUGAUUCCUCAUCAGUCUUGUUGGACGAAGGCUUUGCUGCUGGGAACCUGGCUACAUGUAGAAUCCUCCUCACGGGCCACGGGCUGGGACACUUGAUGGCCUGCGGGCGCUUGGCGAGCUGCUAUCCGCUGGCUCCUGAGGACCCGUGCUGCCUGGCUCCUGAAGUCGCCCGUGCAUGCAGCACUUCAACGGUCUCACCGGUAAGCGAAAGCCCCAGCUGCCAGCCAGAUGUGUGGGGCCUCGGCGUUCUUCUGCUGCAGAUGUUGCAGGGCCGAUGGCAAGACCGCCUGGUGACAGAAGGAGUGCAGAAUGCGCCGCAGCUUUGCCACAUCGUUGCGGUCGAAACUUCUGCAGAGCUGUGGUGUAGCGCCCUGGCCGGGCCGAAUCCGGGGCUGACGCUUCGCUCUUUGCUCAAAAGCCAGGUCGCUCCACGAGCGCCGAGCGGAGCCGAAGGCUCCAGCGGUGAAAUUGCACCAACCCUCGAAGCCCUCAAGGCAUCAUACCAAAAGUGGCUUAUGGCGGACGGUAUUUUGUGCGAAGCCGGCCUUCAUGACUUGUUCGAGGCAUGCCUUAUUCUGAACCCGUCUCAUCGACCGCGCCCACAAGACUUGGCGUCGCACUCGAGCCUGUCCCAGCACAAAAUCCAGGAUCUGCAGUUCUGGGCGCUUAGCUCAGCCUUGCAGUCCGAACGUUUGGGCGGUGACAGUGCCUGGGCCGCGCAAACAUCUGCAGCUUUGGCGCUUGACCCGGGAACGGUCGUGCCACCAAUGCGCUAUUUCUCAAGCCUUGGAAUGCGAACGGAACACCUCUACUACUGGUGGAGUCUCGCUGGUGGAGACCCCUUUUCACUGGUGGCAGCGAAGCUUCUGCUGCGACCAGCGCCUGCGAUCUUGCGGCUGCCGCUUGUGGUCCGCGACGAUGAAUGCAUGGGGGCUGUCUACGACUUCCUUUCCGCAGCCGGUGUGCCGCAGCAAGCAGUGUCAG